AAGCUCCGCCUCCCGGAUUCAUGCCAUUCUCCUGCCUCAGCCUCUCCCAGUAGCUGGGACUACAGGCGCCCGCCACCACGCCCGGCUAAUUUUUUGUUUGUAUUUUUAGUAGAGACGGGGUUUCACCGUGGUCUCGAUCUCCUGACCUCGUGAUCCGCCCGCCUCGGCCUCCCAAAGUGCUGGGAUUACAAGCGUGAGCCACCGCGCCCGGCCUUGUUUUGUUUUUUAAGUGACUACUAGAUACUGUGAUUCACUUAAGUGAAGCGAACUGAAGCCCGUGGUCAAGGAGAGACACCUGAAGGUGAAGGGAUAAAGCGAGCAGGAUAAGAGCCCGAGCCCGACCCCUCUCAAAAAAUAAUAGACCCAGAACGCGCGCCUGCGCAGAACGAAUUCUCUUGUGCACAAGCCGGGCGGAAGAGCUGGAGCGGGCAGGGGCGGGAAUAAGGUUGCUAGGAGAACGCGAUGACGUUACGGGCUCGGCGCUCUUCUCCACCAAUGGGCGACGUGUACUUGCAGUGACGCGCUGUGCGCGUCACGCCGACGACGCGCGAAGGGCACACAUUUUAGGGCCCGGAGGACGUUCGGCCUCUAAAGAUGUUCUCGUCCGUGGCGCACCUGGCGCGGGCGAACCCCUUCAACACGCCACAUCUGCAGCUGGUGCACGAUGGCCUCGGGGACCUCCGCAGCAGCCCCCCAGGGCCCACGGGCCAGCCCCGCCGCCCUCGCAACCUGGCAGCCGCAGCCGUGGAAGAGUACAGUUGUGAAUUUGGCUCCGCGAAGUAUUAUGCACUGUGUGGCUUUGGCGGGGUCUUAAGUUGUGGUCUGACACACACUGCUGUGGUUCCCCUGGAUUUAGUGAAAUGCCGUAUGCAGGUGGACCCCCAAAAGUACAAGGGCAUAUUUAACGGAUUCUCAGUUACACUUAAAGAGGAUGGUGUUCGUGGUUUGGCUAAAGGAUGGGCUCCGACUUUCCUUGGCUACUCCAUGCAGGGACUCUGCAAGUUUGGCUUUUAUGAAGUCUUUAAAGUCUUGUAUAGCAACAUGCUUGGAGAGGAGAAUACUUAUCUCUGGCGCACAUCACUAUAUUUGGCUGCCUCUGCCAGUGCUGAAUUCUUUGCUGACAUUGCCCUGGCUCCUAUGGAAGCUGCUAAGGUUCGAAUUCAAACCCAGCCAGGUUAUGCCAACACUUUGAGGGAUGCAGCUCCCAAAAUGUAUAAGGAAGAAGGCCUAAAAGCAUUCUACAAGGGGGUUGCUCCUCUCUGGAUGAGACAGAUACCAUACACCAUGAUGAAGUUUGCCUGCUUUGAACGUACUGUUGAAGCACUGUACAAGUUUGUGGUUCCUAAGCCCCGCAGUGAAUGUUCAAAGCCAGAGCAGCUGGUUGUAACAUUUGUAGCAGGUUACAUAGCUGGAGUCUUUUGUGCAAUUGUUUCUCACCCUGCUGAUUCUGUGGUAUCUGUGUUGAAUAAAGAAAAAGGUAGCAGUGCUUCUCAGGUCCUCAAGAGACUUGGAUUUAAAGGUGUGUGGAAGGGACUGUUUGCCCGUAUCAUCAUGAUUGGUACCCUGACUGCACUACAGUGGUUUAUCUAUGACUCGGUGAAGGUGUACUUCAGGCUUCCUCGCCCUCCUCCACCCGAGAUGCCAGAGUCUCUGAAGAAGAAGCUUGGGUUAACUCAGUAGAUCAAUCAAAGCAAAUGUGGACUGAAUCUGCUUGUUGAUCAGUGUUGAAGAAAGUGCAAAAGGAACUUUUAUAUAUUUGACAGUGUAGGAAAUUGUCUAUUCCUGAUAUAAUUACUGUAGUACUCUUGCUUAAGGCAAGAGUUUCAAAUUUACUGUUGAAAUAAACCCAACUCUUCAUGA